CCUUGUUAGUUGAAUUAUCUCUCGUGCCAUACGAGGUUGAAGAUUUGCGGUAAAAGACCUACCGGUUGUAAGAUCUUGCCUAGUGCCCCUUCCCUUGAGUAUCUCAAGAACCCCGUUCUUUAUUCUACCGCUACUAGGCAAAGCCGGCGAGAUGGACGACGAGAACACGAAUGGAUCAGGCCGGCCGGAAUACGGACGCCGACUACUUCCGCAUCUGAUAGAUGAGAUCUCGACCAGAGACCCUGGGCGGGAGGCUUUCUCUAUACCUCGCUCCUCAAAUCCGAAAGAUGGUUGGAAGGCCGUCACAUUCAAGGAAUAUUCCGAUGCCAUCAAUCGUGCCGCGCACAGGAUCAUUGAAGUGUGUGGACGCCCUCCCGCCGGUGCCUUUCCGACGAUAGCGUAUAUCGGCCCUAAUGACGCGCGGUACGUGGUCCUGCUUCUUGGUGCGGUGAAGGCUGGCUACAAGGCCCUCUUCAUCUCCCCACGAAACUCCCAAGAGGGCCAGCUCAGCCUAUUCGAAAAGACGGACUGUAAUACUCUAGCCUUUCCAAAGUCAUACCGAGCCAUAGUUCGCCCUUGGCUACAGCAACGUGAUAUGAACACUAUCGAGGUUGCCUCCAUUGAGGAAUGGUUUUCGGAACAGGCCGUGGAGUCUUUUCCCUACGAGAAAUCGUUUGAGCAAGCUCAAUGGGAGCCACUAGUAGUCUUGCACACAAGCGGGAGCACUGGGAUCCCAAAGCCGAUUGUCGGAACACACGGGAUGCUGGCCAUUGGUGAUUCGCACCAUCACCUAUCAAACUUCCACGGGGCAGUACCUUGGUUACGAAGUUUUGCGGAGUCUUCACAGAGAACCCUCCUGACAAUGCCCCUCUUCCACGCUGGCGGGUUGUACUUGUUCGCCUUUUCGAUGUACUGGGAUUACCGGAUCGCCUUUGCGGCUAGCGAUCGUCCCCUAUCUACGGACCUCGUGGUGGAGUAUCUAGAAAACGCCAACGUGGGCGGGGUUAUACUUCCGCCGGCAGUCCUGGAGGAGAUGAGCCAGAGUGACGAAUAUAUCGAACCAUUAGCCCAGCUUAAUGUUGUCGCAUUCGGCGGAGGGUCUCUCAACAGAGACGCAGGGAACAGGUUGGCAAAGAAAGGAGUGCGACUUUAUAAUCUCAUUGGUUCCACCGAGUCGAUUCCUUAUCCCAUAUACGCCCAGAAAACCCCCGAACUUUGGCAGUACUUCAUUAUCAACUCGGAUUUAUUCGGUGCGGACUGGCGUAGAGUCCCGGGGGAUGACGAGGUGUAUAGAUUAGUCGCUGUCCGCAAAGACAAGCACCCGGGACUGCAAGGAAUCUUCUACACCUUCCCGGACCUGAACGAGUAUGAUACGAAUGAUCUCUUCAAGCCACAUCCUCGUCUCCCGGACCACUGGAUCCACUACGGGCGAUCUGACAACAUCAUCGUCUUCUCGAACGGAGAAAAGUUGAACCCGGUAACCAUUGAGGAAAUUGUUGGGGAUCAUCCUAGUGUCAAGGGUGCGUUGGUUGUGGGAUCUAACCGUUUUCAACCUGGGCUGCUCAUCGAACCCCUCGAAGCCCCCGCGAACGAUCAGGAGGCCGACAAAUUGCUCGAUAGCAUCUGGCCCUGCAUUGUGCGGGCGAACGAGGUAACGGUUUCCCACGGGCAGAUAGCACGACAGUUCGUCAAGUUGAUCAACACGGACAAGCCGUUUCUUCGCGCCGGUAAAGGCACAGUCCAACGUGCUCUCACGCUGAAACUAUACGACGCUGAAAUUGAUAAGCUAUACGAGGAGGCCAGCGCGCUUUUCAGUUUGCGUCCACCUCAGAUUGAUGCUAGUUCAGAGGACGCGUUGAGAGAGUCUAUAGAAGACACGUUUCGAACCCGAAUUGGAGCCAAGAGCUUGAUCGGGCAGGAUACCGACUUCUUCUCGGCAGGGAUCGACUCACUGCAGAUCAUCAACGCCUCCAAACUCCUCCGUUCUGGGCUGGAAGCGUCUGGCAUCAAGAUUGAUUCAUCAGCCCUGACUGCCCGCGCCCUCUACAGGAACCCCACCCCUCGCAGGCUAGCACGAUACAUCUAUUCUCUCCGGGAGGGGGCCUUGUCUCUGCCUGAGGGUGAUGAGCAGAACCAGAUUCAGAUGAUGAAAGGGCUGUGGGAAAAAUACACGCGCUCUCUCCCGGCUAAAAAAGAAGGAAGAGGGGACCCGAGCGAUAACGAUCAAACAAUUAUCCUCACUGGCUCUACAGGCAUGUUGGGAUCUUACAUACUAGAUCUGCUGGUGCGGAGCCCGGUGGUGAGGAAGGUCAUCUGUUUUAAUAGGUCUGAGGAUGGCGGGGCUUCACGGCAGGCGACUGCUGUCAAGGAACGGGGGCUUUCUGGCGAUUACGGAUCGAAGGCCGAAUUCUUCCAUACUGACAUGUCGCUUCCUGGCUUUGGCCUCCCUCGUGGCGUUUAUGAUCGAUUAUUGGAAGAGGCCGACCGCGUGAUCCAUAAUGCAUGGCCGGUCAACUUCAAUAUUCCGGUCGAAUCGUUCGAGCCUCACCUUGGAGGGGUUCGAAACAUCGCUGAUUUUGCUGCAAAAUCCUCUAAACGAGUGGCCGUCGCCUUUGUCUCGUCAAUCGACACGGCGAAUAAUUGGGAUAGCACCAGGGGACCCGUUCCGGAAGAAAGGCUUGAGGACUGCAGUCUUCCCGGGAUGGGCUAUGGGCGCAGCAAGAUGAUCGGCAGCCUUAUUCUGGAGGAUCUCUCCGAAAGAGCGGAUUUUCCGACCGCUAUCAUCCGUGUUGGUCAGAUCGCUGGCCCCGAAUCGACGGCGGGCUGCUGGAAUAAGCACGAGUGGCUCCCCUCCAUCAUUGCCAGCAGCCUGUAUCUUGGAGCUCUGCCUAGCCACCUCGGAAGCAUGGACCGGGUUGACUGGACACCAGCUGAACGCAUUGCGAGCUUGGUCCUUGAAGUUGCCGGCGUGUCUCAGAGAAUCGACCCCGAUGAUAUCAGCGGUUACUACCAUGGUGUCAACCCUUUCGCGACUACAUGGGCGGAUCUCGCGCCUGCCGUCCAAGAGUUCUACGGCAAAGACCGCAUUCAGGAACUCAUCAGCUUUGGGGAUUGGGUUGACCGCUUAGAGAAGAGCCGGGCUGAGGGUACCGAGGUGCUGCAUAAGAAUCCAGGGGUUAAGUUGAUCGAUUCUUAUCGAACGAUGGCUAACGCUCAUCAGGCGGGGAAAAGCAGCGUGGUGUUUGACAUGAAGCGUACAACGCAACGCAGCCCAACGAUGAAGUCUGUCAGAGGUGUAACCCCUGAUUUGAUGAAGCACUGGUGCCGACAGUGGAGUUAUUAGGAACAUCCGGGACUGUUAUAGGGAGGUCGCGCUAUCACAUGCCCCCAGAUCGACCACUGUGUGUGCUACUAUAAAUCUCGGUAAAUUAUCGAUGCUUUAGCGUACUAUUACGCUGCGUAGACUUAUAGAUAUCUCUCUGCCUCUGCCUCUGCCUCUGUCUCUGUCUCUGUCUCUGUCUCUCUGACGCAGUAUCGAAUGCGAAGGCACUACCAACGAUAUGGAACUACGCACACAAUGAUUCCUCGACUUACACACAUUUGACGCCGAGGGGUAUUACAUGGGCUUAGAGCGACAGGUCGCAUGUCGUUGCUAGGUCCUGACCCAUCGCCACGAUAGCCAAUUACGGACUUCAAUCCAUUAGCUAGUAGC